CCUCUAAACCCCUAAAAUUCGAACACUCUCUGGAGAGCAGCGAAACAAAAACCCCCAAAACUUCACAAGGCAUGGCGGUUCCCGGGCGGAGGAAUGGUCUGAUGGAGGAAGAGGACAACGAGGACGAAAACGCUCUGUUCGAGGAAGAGGGUUUGGAGGAGCUUGACGCUCACGCGCCUCCCCACCUUCGCGCCAUCGCAGACGCCUCUCAGCAGGGCGACCUCGACGCCCUUCGCCUCGCUCUUGAUAACUUAGUAGGCAGCAUUGAUGAUGCAGUGGAAGAUGGAGACACAGCUCUCCAUCUGGCCUGUCUCUAUGGUAAUCUUUCUUGUGUCCAGUUACUUUUGGAGAGAGGUGCAAAUUUGGAGGCUAAGGAUGAAGACGGGGCAAUUCCUUUGCAUGAUGCUUGUGCCGGUGGAUACACCGAAGUGGUUCAACUUUUAAUUAACAGUGCCAACGAUUCUGAGCGUGUAAAGAGAAUGCUAGAAACAGUUGAUGCCGAAGGUGACACUCCUCUCCAUCACGCAGCAAGAGGCGAGCAUGCUGAUAUCGUAAGAUUGUUGCUGGCUUCCGGAGCUUCACCUACCAAGGCAAACCUAUACGGAAAGAUCCCAAGUGACUUACCGGAAGCCGACACAGAAGCUAGGAGAAUUUUGGAGGCUGCUUCUGCUGCUACGACGUGCCAGUAGGCUUUACUAUCAGAAUAUUUUUUUUAAGGAUCGCGAUGUCCUCUGCUUUUGUUGAUGAUCAGUCAGCAACACCAAAAUGUUGAGGAUUUUCACCUCUUUGUUUAUUAUUACAGCCUCAGAUUUCAGAAUAUCGAAUGUAGAAAAAUAGCUCGGUUUCUCCGACUCCAUAUAUGCAUUUUUUUUUUUA